AGAACUGGAGUCAGAUUCCUGUAAAGCAAUAAAAUAGUGUGAGGAGGCACGACAGACAGACAGGGAGGAUAAUUGGAAAAUAAGACGUAGUGUUUGUAAAAAGGGAAAGUGCCAUAGAUUCAUGUAUUAGGAGGUACUUGACAGCAUCCCUGGAUCCGCCAUUCUGAAAACCCUUGAGCUAUUCUCAAGAUGAUCAGUGAUAAAUACUUGGCGGAGUAUAAAUUAGACCCAGAAGAUCCUCAUUUGCAAGAACCAGGAACUAAUAUGCUCCUGCAAUCCACUGUCAACAUACCACCCAAAACCGAUCCCCGAGAUCCACAUGGGAUCAACCAACAUCUAAAGCUGGAAUUCUCCGACAUCCUUGCAGAACCUUCCUCGUUCCGUACCUUUGAUCGGAUUUGGACCUGGAGCGACAUCACCUUUGAGAGCUCCCGCCUCUGGUGUUACCGUAUUAUCUCACUGCUCUGUGCUGUGCCAGUCUCUUUGUGUUCAGGCUUUCUCUUUGCCUGCUUAGGCUGUCUCCAUAUCUGGUGUGUGAUGCCUUGCAUUCAGUUGUGUACAAUGGCCAUGCCUCCAGUUCGCACCCUCUGGGCUAGCAUCUUGGAUGUUUUGAUAGCCCCUCUUUUCACUAGCCUGGGACGCUGCUGCAGUGCCAUCUACCUCACAGUCACUCAAAAGUGAUACAAGGAUAUUCUUACAUCGAGAUCUAUGCUGCACUGACGUCUCAUUAUGCAACCCACUGAAUAUGUUCGAUUUCCAGAAGGACUGACCAAGGGACUUUUUUAACCAAGGCCUUGAAAUAUGGGACUGGAGUUGUGGUGGGGAAUGACAGGCAAAAAAAAUGGAAAGGGAGCCUUCUUGGAGAAUGAAUGGUAGGGUAGACUCCCAAAUACUUCUUCCCACCUUUUCUUUUCCAAACCCCUCUCCUCUGCCCAGAUUUGCAAACAGGGCUUCAGAAUGAUGCUUCCUUUUUUUCUUUCCAUUUGGAAACUAAAAUGGGCAAGUCCUUUCCCCAAGCCUAUGCACCUCCAUUUUGUAAGGCAGAAGUAGGCUAUGUGGUUCUUAUGGCAUAAAAAUGCUUUGACCACCUGGGAAUCACCUUAUUUUAUCAACACACACACACACACCCGAUUCUUCUAUUUCAAAAAAAAGUCAAAUGGGAAGUGGGCAAAGCAAAGCACCAUCUUAGCAUUCUCUUUAUUCCACCAGGACUCACACAGGCAUUGUGAGAAAGUAAACAUAAUGAGCGCUUUCAGGACACAACUUUCUUUGAAAUAUGCCACUUCUCUCCCCCUCCAAAGGCAAAAGCCAACAAUAUUUUGCAAAGCUGGAGAAGGUUAUUAGGAAAUAGCUUCCCCAGUUUGCUCUCUAAUAAAAUGAUAUUUUGUGCUACAGUACCAUGCUAACAAUGGCAGCCAUUUUGUGGCCAGCCAAAGCCUUCUCUGCUCCAUGGUCCACCAUUUCUCAGAGUCCAGAAGAUUCUUUCUGAAUUCUCCCAAGAGUUGAGCUGUAUUCAGUCCUCAAUUCUUAUCCCUCAGUGACUCUCCAAUCCACAUCACGCAUAUCCACAUUGGGAAAAGAUAAGGAUAACAGAUUGGCAAUAGCCCACCAACUCAGCCAUUCCCAAUCUAAUGUUCUCUUACAAGUUGUCAUCCCACCACUUCUGGAGGUCAUCAGGUGGGAUAAAUCCCACUAAUGAGACAUAACUUAAGAGUGGGGUUUGCAAAGGAAAUGCUUCCAAUUCCAGAACGCUUCUGAGAGAUGAUUCACUCCAGCCCUUCCCUUAUUAAUAACUGGAAUUAAUAUUAUGUUAAAUCCCCACCCCUGCAGAUUGAACAACAAUAAACUUUGCUUAGUUUC